AAAACUUCCAAGAAAUUUUUGCAGACAAAAACGAAGGCCCCAGCGCCUGACCUCCAAAGCCCACCUUUUCCCACCGUUUCUUUCCUCACCUCCCGCGACAGCACCGGUAGCUGCCAUGGCCUCUUGCGACCUCCUUGAUGUCGACCCUCUGGAGCUUCAGUUUCCGUUCGUGCUCGACAAGCAGAUCCCCUGCCCGCUGCGGCUCGCCAACAGGACUGACCGUACCGUCGCCUUUAAGGUGAAGACGACGAACCCGAGGAAGUACUGCGUGCGCCCCAACAAUGGCAUCGUACCGCCCCGAUCCUUGUGUACGGUUGUAGUCACGAUGCAGGCGCAGACGGUGGUGCCUCCGGAUUUGCAGUGCAAGGACAAGUUCAUGGUGCAGAGCGUGGUCAUCAGUGAUAGCUUGUCAGCCAAGGACAUAACCUCUCAAAUGUUCGCGAAAGAGGGGGGUAAUGUGCUCCAGGAGGUAAAAUUGAAGGUUGCUUAUGUGAUGCCACCUGAACCACCAUCAGAGAUUGCAGAGGAGCACGAUGGUUUAGAUCGAGUUUUAGUGCCUAUGCAGAGGAUCGUGGAUAAUGGGAAAAGUACUUCAGAGCUAUCGAGUGGCUCCGUGUCAUUGAGGUCAGCUGAGGAGUUUGGAUCACCUGUUGGUCGAAUUGUGAAGAGUGAGGAGUUUCUGAAGGCUGCAGGACCUGCUAUGGAAACAAAAACAUAUGCAGGACCUGGUGAACAAUCUCAUCAGCUGUCAGCUAUAAUUACAAAGCUGACUGAAGAAAAGAAUUCUGCUCUUGAGCAAAACAGAAAGCUUCAAGUUGAAUUGGAACUUGUAAGGUGCGAAGCCAGGAAACAGCAAAGCGCGUUCUCGUUGGUUCUCCUAAUAGCGUUUGGGCUCCUUGGCAUUGUUCUAGGUUACAUUGUUAAGAAAUGAUAAUUUCAUAGUCUAAUCGAGCAAUCGCUAUGGUAAAUAAAAGGUAACAUGUCGUGUGAUUCUUACAUUCAUCAGCCAGCUGCCAAUGCUACAGAGAAGUGCAAGCGUCAGUUGACAAACCGGGGGUGGGGGUGGGGGUGCGGAGUACAAUAGCAUGUAUUUUGAUCCACAUGAUGUAUUUACACGAAUCACUGGAAAAGUGAUUGUUGUUUGGUUUCUGUAUCUAUCCCAUACCGUUUGUCUCUAAAAUUGUGAAUUGGGUCCACUCAUGGAUGUGACCACGUUGUUAACAAAAUGAGCGGGAGAUCGUGUCCGAGUAAUGCCA